UACUGUAUACCCUGUAUACCCCUAUAUACCUUGUGCACCUAUGUUUACCCUAGUAAUACUGUAUACCCUGUAUACCCCUAUAUAUCUUGUGUACCCAUGUUUACCCUAGUAGUACUGUAUACCCUGUAUACCCCUAUAUAUCGUGUGUACCCGUGUAUAUCCUGUGUACCCAUGAAUACCCUAGUAAUACUGUAUACCUUGAAUACCCCUAUAUAUCCUGUGUACCCAUGUUUACCCUAGUAAUACUGUAUACCCUGUAUACCCCUAUAUAUCUUGUGUACCCAUGUUUACCCUAGUAGUACUGUAUACCCUGUAUACCCCUAUAUAUCUUGUGUACCCAUGUUUACCCUAGUAGUACUGUAUACCCUGUAUACCCCUAUAUACCUUGUGCACCCAUGUUUACCCUAGUAAUACUGUAUACCCUGUAUACCCCUAUAUACCUUGUGCACCCAUGUUUACCCUAGUAAUACGGUAUACCCUGAAUACCCCUAUAUAUCUUGUGUACCCAUGUUUACCCUAGUAGUGCUGUAUACCCUGUAUACCCCUAUAUACCUUGUGAACCCUUGAUUACCCUAAUAGUACUGUAUACCCUGUACACCCCUAUAUAUCUUGUGUACCCAUGUUUACCCUAGUAAUACUGUAUACCUUGUAUACCCCUAUAUAUCCUGUGUACCCAUGUUUACCCUAGUAAUACUGUAUACCCUGUAUACCGCUAUAUAUCUUGUGUACCCAUGUUUACCCUAGUAGUGCUGUAUACCCUGUAUACCCCUAUAUAUCUUGUGUACCCAUGUUUACCCUAGUAGUGCUGUAUACCCUGUAUACCCCUAUAUACCUUGUGAACCCAUGUUUACCCAAGUAAUACUGUAUACCCUGUAUACCCCUAUAUAUCUUGUGUACCCAUGUUUAGCCUAGUAGUACUGUAUACCCUGUAUACCCCUAUAUACCUUGUGCACCCAUGUUUACCCUAAUAGUACUGUACACCCUGUAUACCCCUAUAUAUCAUGUGUACCCAUGUUUACCCUAAAAAUACUGUAUACCCUGUAUACCCCUAUAUAUCCUGUGUACCCAUUAAUACCCUAGUAAUACUGUAUACCUUGUAUACCCCUAUAUAUCCUGUGUACCCAUUUUUACCCUAGUAAUACUGUAUACCUGGUAUACCCUUGUAUGUCCUGUUUACCCAUGUUUACCCUAGUAAUACUGUAC